ACCACUCUUUCUCUUUCCCGGGUCUUGUUUUGAAAACCCCAUUCACCUCGUCCGCCAUUUUCCGUUCAGCUCGACAAUCCGGUGCCAUAGACGUUCUCUAUCCUGUCGGUCAAUGCUCUGAGAAGAACUGACGACGGUCAAUGCUCUGAGAAGAACAGGUUUCGCGGGAACCAGUCAGUUGCUGUUAGAUAGAAUAUAUUUAUGGCGGGAAGUUUGAAACCGGUUGGGGCAUUUGCCAUUACGCCGCACAAAGUCUCUGUGUGCAUUCUCCUCCAGAUCUACGCGCCACCGGCUCAAGCAUCAGUGCCGUUUCCAUUCUCUUCCGUCUCCCAGCACAAUCGCCUCGGCUUGUUUCUGUUGGCCUUGACGAAGUCCUGUGAUGAUAUUUUGGAGCCACAGUUGGAUGAGCUUAUAAAUCAACUCAAGGAAAUUGGUGGCUUACUCAAUCAUUGGUUAAGUGAGCAUCUAACCCGCAAGCUCUCAGCUCUAUCUUCACCUGAUGAUUUAUUUAACCUUUUCAGCAGUCUGCGAAGUAUCCUUGGAGGCCCUGAGACGAGUAUUUUGGAAGAUGACCAGAUUAUCUUGGAUCCAAAUAGCCAUCUUGGGAUGUUUCUACGUCGUUGCCUAUUGGCCUUUAAUUUGCUAUCAUUUGAGGGUGUGUGCCAUCUUUUGACUAACAUAGGGACAUAUUGUAAAGAGGCUGUUUCAUCUUGUCCUCCUUAUGAUUUGCCUGAUGAGGAUGAUUCUAAUAAUGACUUGGAAGAACUAUUGGAGUAUGAAGACAUGGAUCUUGAGUCAUUUGUUUUUCGGAAAGUUGCUGAAGAAGCUGAAGCUAGAAAAAGAGCUAGAGAAAGUGCUACAUUUCAUACUCAUACACCUAGAUCACUACUUGGAUUGGUAGAAGAUAUCCAGGUCUCUGCUGACUCCAAAUAUAAAAACUGUGAUGGUAUUGGACAAGGCAGUGAAUUUUUAGGCCCUUCACAUGAUACAUUCAGAGGUGAUGAUCACAACAGUGGACUAUUCUUACGUACAAACUGGCAAGUGCAAGGUUACUUAAGAGAGCAAGCAGAUUUAAUUGAAAAGCAUGGCAGCUCAUUUCCACUGAAUGCUUUUGAGUCUAUCUUGAAACAACUUCAGAAACUGGCUCCAGAGCUGCACCGUGUUCACUAUUUGCGCUACUUGAAUAACCUUUAUCAUGAUGAUUAUCCUGCUGCUCUUGAAAAUCUCCACUGCUACUUUGACUACAGUGCAGGGGCAGAAGGAAUUGAUGCUCCGUCUUCUUCAUCUUCUUUUAUUAGUUAUGGAAACUAUGAGAUUGCUUUAUUAUGUUUGGGCAUGAUGCACUGUUACCUUGGGCAUCCUAAGCAGUCUUUGGAGGUGUUAACUGAAGCAGUUCGGGCUUCUCAGCAGCAUAAUAAUGAUACCUGUCUUGCUUAUACACUGACAUCUAUUUGCAACCUUUUGUCUGAAAUUGGCAUCUCGAAUGCAACUGGAAUCAUUGCCUCAUCAUAUUCACCUGUUACCAGCAUAGGUACUUCAUUGUCAAUUCAGCAACAAUUGCUUGUGCUAUUGAGAAGGUCACUAAAGAGAGCAGAGAGUCUAAAGCUGACACGGCUUGUGGCUUCUAAUCGUCUUGCAAUGGCUAAAUUUGAUCUUACGCAUGUUAAGAGACCAUUGCUAUCAUUUGGUCCCAAAGCUUCUACAAAACUCAGAACAUGUCCUAUUGAUGUCUGCAAGGAACUGAGAUUAAGUUCUUAUUUGCUUAGUGAAUUUGGAUCAGAUGGUGCAUCACUAACUAUUGAUGGUGCUUUUAGUACUGCAUGGCUAAAGAACCUACAAAAACCUAUGGCUUCUUCAGUUUUAUCUCAAGAAAACCGAUCUGAAAAUGGUUCUGAUGCUUUCCAGUUUGGUUCACAACCAAGUUCCAUUCCUGGGUAUGUACUGCAACUAGCAGGAGCGUCCUACUUGCUCCGAGCCACAGCAUGGGAGCUCUUUGGCAGUGCUCCUGUUGCUCGACUAAAUGCUUUGGUCUAUGCAACCUGCUUUGCUGAUGGUUCAAGUUCUGCUGAUUUGGCACUAGCAUAUGUCAAACUUAUUCAACAUCUUGCAGUAUACAAAGGAUACAAAGAAGCAUUUUCUGCUAUGAAGUUAGCAGAAGAGAAAUUCUUAUCUGUAUCAAAAUCACGAAUGCAGCUGCUAAAGCUGCAAUUGCUCCACGAGCGUGCUUUACACCGAGGACAUCUUAAAUUAGCUCAACAAGUCUGUGAUGAGAUUGGAGUGUUGGCCUCCUCUGUUACUGGGGUAGAUUUGGAGCUGAAAACUGAAGCAAGUCUUCGUCAUGCUCGCACAUUACUUGCUGCCAAGCAAUUUAGCCAGGCAGCAGCUGUGGCACAUUCUCUCUUCUGCAUGUGUUACAAAUUCAAUCUGCAGGUUGAGAAUGCUACUGUUCUUCUCUUUCUUGCAGAGAUUCACAAGAAAUCAGGAAAUGCUGUCUUGGGCCUUCCUUAUGUGCUGGCAAGCCUUUCAUUUUGCCAAUCAUUUAAUUUGGAUCUUCUUGAAGCUUCUGCAACUCUGACGCUUGCCGAAUUGUGGCUCUCUCUUGGAUCAAACCAUGCAAAACGAGCAAAAGCUCUUAUACAUCGAGCUCUGCCAAUGAUUCUUGGUCAUGGAGGUUUGGAGCUGCGUGCACGGGCUUUCAUUGCAGAGGCAAAAUGCUAUCUAUCAGAUCCAAACUUUUCAGUUUUGGAAGAUUCUGAGGUGGUUCUGGAUUCGUUGAGGCAAGCUUCUGAGGAGCUUGAAGUUUUAGAGUAUCAUGAGUUGGCCGCCGAAGCCUUCUAUUUGAUGGCCCUCAUCUUUGACAGACUUGGACAACUAGAAGAAAGGGAAAGUGCUGCAUCUUCAUUUAAGGAUCAUGUGAUUGCUCUUGAAAAUCCAAAGGAUGAUGAGGGCCUAUUGUUGGAUAGUUAUUCGACAUAAUGAAACCAACAUAUUUAACUUA